CGGUAUUGGUUUUGUCAUAUCGUACAUCACUAAAAAACAUUGAAAAGAAACGAAUGACAUGACGAUACGGUCCGAGACGGGUUUGACUGUAGUUUGACUGUGAACUCGAUGAGUUGAAUCCUUUGUUUAAAUGCAGCUUAUUCCUGCGAAAAACCGAGCCUAUCAUAAUUUGAAAAUAUGUUUUAACGUAUACAACAAUAAGUAAGGUGCUGUCUUAACUAGUGUUAUCAGAACUACGUCGUCAAUAAUACGAUGCGAAAUAGAAACUCAUGAAAAAUGAUCGCGCUUGCUGAAUGGCCAAGAAAGUAAAACAGUAAAUAUUGAAAUCCGCGAUGUCUUCAUCCGCGGGCCAGCUGGUGCCGCAGUCCACCCGGGCACCGCCCAACAUGACUAUCAAGUUCAGCGGGCCACAUAUUGAGGGCUCCUUCUGCACCUCCAUUGAUUACAACUAUGAUCCCAUUAUAAGCGUCAUUUGUGCUAUGUAUAUUGUGUUUGGGAUUGUUUACACAUUAUUUGGUUAUCGAUGUUUUAAAGCCAGCAUGUUUCUUACGGGAUUCACUUUUGGUUCCACAAUUGUGUAUUUGAUAUGUCUCCAGGAUCACCUAAUGCCGCCAUACGGGAAUGUUUGUGUGGCAUUGUGCGCCGGGCUGUUAUUCGGCCUUAUCACCAUGCUAAUACAGUACGUUGGCCUGUUCAUGACUGGCUUCCACACGGGACUUCUGCUAGCACUUGCUGGACUUGCCAUCUACGAUCAUUUUCUGGACAAUAGGCCCACUACGUAUUGGCUUUGCAUCGUGGCGUUGCUCGGUUCCGGCAUAUUCUUCGCGGUCAUCAAUUUGUACUGGAAAAAAGUUGUGACGAUUUUCGGCACGGCGGUGUACGGCGGCGCGGUGAUCGCUACGGCGCUGGACUACUUCCUCGAGAGAAUGAUGAUGCUCAAGUGGCUUUGGGAGCGCGCGAAGCUGGAGCCGGUGGUGGCGCCGCCGUGCCGGCUGUCGUGGCUGGCACUCGCGGCCUGGCCGGCGGCCGCGCUGCUCGGCCUGUUCGCGCAGGCCGCGCUCACCGCCUCCGGGAUCUACCAUGAGCAGAGUAUAGGAGCGCAGAAGCGGCGGCUGAAGGCACAGCAGGCACGACCGGUGACGCGCGAGCAGCGCGCCGAGAUGAAGCAGCGCAAGUACCGCUACCUGUACCAGGUGCGCACCGCGCACGGCGACGUCAUAUCCCAGUCGUACGUGCAAGCGCUGCAGAAGAAGGCUCAGUGCGGCAACUGGAGCGGCGGCGGCGAGUGCAGCACGCUGCAGAGCGACUCCACGCACCUGACCGUGUUGGCGCCGUCCGAGCACGCGCCGCCCACCGACUCCGACGACGACCUCAACCAGAUCCGCCCUGCUCACUAGCUGACGAACGCCGGUGGCAAGUAGACAAGCGAGGUGAGCAAUAAUUUCCCAUUCUAUGUAUCCAGUAUUAUUGUGAAGCACUCAUAUUUAUUAGUGGUUAUAAUUAUUAAUCGUAUUUGUAUUUAAUGUGACAUUAUUAUUGUAUUAUCAAUAACAAUUGACGUGUGUAAGUCAAUUUGGGGGUUCAAGAUAUUUUGGCUUUGAUAAUUGUAUACCUGUUUUAAUAUGUACUUUUCGCUGACCUGACACUGCCAUAGUUUUAUGAUCAGUACGAAAAUAAAAUGAACGUAACGCAGCGACAGUAACUAAUUUGUUGCCCACGUAGGUAGUAGAUACGCACAGCUUUGGUCAAAAGUACUGAGUUUUUAAAAAUAGUAUGGUGAAAACGUUAAAAAAAAUGUUUUUAUUAUAUUGACAUUGUCGACGCAUAAUAUUUCACAGAAAAACAUGCUAUCGACACUUUUGUUAUUAAAAAAACUUUAGCUUUAAUUUUAAUCAAUGAAUGAGGUGCCUUUGUAAAAUAUACUAUUGACAAAGGCUUCGAAUCUACUAACCUUCGAACAUAGUUCUAUGAAAAAACUGAUAAACGUGAGGAUCAGGUAUAUUGUAAGAUCCGACUACUUUUUAUUAUAUUUCCCUUUUUAAUGUGAAUAAAUCGAGAUUUGCAGUAGUUUUACGUAACGGGCUUGAACCCCUAUUCUAAGAUAUGGUUGUGUUUGUAAGUUAUUUUCCUGAAGUGUAAUUUGAAAAGUGAUAAAUACGAUAUCGUCGUUUGAGUAAAAGGUGCGUACGGAUUAUUAGCUAAUUUAUUGUUCCAUAUCAAUCGCGUGCAAAUAAGUGAGGCCUAAAUUGUUUCCACAUCAGACGCAUGACUAGCAUGAGAUGUUCAUAUUGUCUAGGCCUAUUUGAACAACAUGCUUAUGCUCAGAAGACUAUGCAGAAAACUGCUUAAUAACCAGAUUUAUUGAUGUUUCAUAUGUACCUACUACUACAUUAUAAAAAUAUUAAGAAUCAUUUCACAUUUGAAACAAUUUUUGGCUUCGUUAAGUUGGCAUCUCAUCAUCAUCAGGAUUUUGAUAAAAGUAUGCUUUAACUGUCCAUUUUUAUAGAAAGAAAGCUUUAAUUUUUGUCUUUUAUUUAAAGCACAUUGCGAUUUGGAUGUGAUGAACGGGUAACUCUUAAAAGAGUGUAGAAUAAGUAAAACUAUGUAAUAAAACUAUAUUUUACAAGAAAAAUAUGUAUAAAAUGAAUCGGACACUCGUGACACGUUCAGAAACAUGUUUGUUGUGUUUUAAAUAUUUAUCGGUAAUUUAUAUUUAUGUUAGAUGAUGCAAAGCAUUAGACGAUGAAGCACUGGACUCCAAGUUCGAUGUUUUCAAAAUAACCGCGACAUUGUUUUCAAUUACUGGCUACUGGUCUAUUGAACUGUGAUCCCCGAGCGUCCUCUGCCCUUCACCAACGAGGAACCCGACCCAACCGGUUGAAGUGUCACGUGACCAGUAGCUGUAGCGGUAGCGACCAGCUCCUUUAGCUCGUGAUAUCUAUAUUUUUCGCCAAAGUUUAUUUUAGUUGAUUUGUUGUUAAAGCUCAAAAAUAUUUUUUGAUACUGUGGUUACUAUAUCUUAAAGAGUUAUUGAUUAGUUUGUAUAUUUAUUUCUAUCAAUAUCAAUCAACUGUCAAGUAAAAUCGAGCUAUAUCGACUACAGAAUAAGAAGUAUGUACAUACAUAUAUAUUGUAUAGGAGAUAGAGGUAGCUAGCAUUAGGAAAGGUAAGUUGGCGUUUGACGUUCAGUAAUUCUUCUAUUUAGAACUUUGUCCACUUUAUCGCUCAAUUUCUAGUCUUAUUGUUUAAAAUCAAACUUUAUUAAUAUUACUUAGUUACAAGGGUUUAAAGCUCUACUUGACAAUCUUUUUACAUGAAGCAUAAUUGUGUAAUUUUUUAAGUGUAGUUUUUAUAAGCUUUUAUUUCAUUUGCCCUGUUAGUAUGUAUAUAAUUAUGUAUGUAUGUAAAUCUAUUAAGCUAAAUUUGACCCACAUCCCGGUUUCCAAUUGAGCUGAAAUUUUGCAUACAUAUAUAAGUUGGGUGACAAUGGAAUAUUAUGGUACCACGAGCUGAUUUGAUGAUGGAGACAAGUGGCCAUGGGAACUCUGUGAUAAAUCAACGCAACCUAAUUGUGUUUGGGGUUUUCAGAAUUGUCUCGAUGAGUAUUUAUUUGUUGCCGGUGGAAAGAAAAGUACAGUGGGCAAUAAAAGCUGUACCAAAACUGUUUUUUUGCCAAAAUGUUAUAUUUAUUUAUGUUUACCAGUGUUUCAUUUCUGGUCUUGAUCACGUGCUUCCAAAAUGGCCAAGAGAACUUCGUGGUCACUUUGCUAACUUUGUUUUCGUGGCGGUCACCCGUGAUACUCUUCACUGUUUUUGGAAUAGCGAAUAUUUCACCCGCAGGAUAUGUUUAGUGAUCGUCCAAUAUAUUUGUUUAAAGCUAAGUAGAUAAUGACAGAUUGAAAGUACAAUGUGUUAUUUGUUUGGUGACAUAUACAUUAUAUUUACAGCAAUUACGGACAAAUCAUAAAUAUACUGCUAACUAUAAAUCUGAAGUUAAUACAAUUUUCACAAAUAUGCCUAUAACAAUAGAAACAGAACACAAUGUAAACUAGUGCAAUGUUAUAUGGUAUCUAAUCUGUGAGAUAAAUAAGAUUUCCUAGUCUGAUUAUGAAAUUACUAAUUUCCUAAUCUGAUUAGUUUGAAAUUUUAAAUUAUUAAUUAUAUUUUCAUUAAUAUUUUAUUAUUGUAAGUACCCAUAGUUUGACUGUUUUGGAAAUUUACAUUCCUUUUAUUAUUUACUUUUUGUUUUAUUUUAAUAUCGAAUUACCUAUCCUGUGUCUAGAUCUAGAGUAGUCGUAUAAAUAUAAAAUAAUAUAUCCUACAGUCAUCUUACAUUUCAACUCCUUCGCGUUCGGAAACGGAUAAAGAAUGUUAUAUAGGUCGGAUUUAUGCAUUUUGCAUACAAAAUAUUCAACUUGUAAUAUUUUCGACGAACCCGACAGUACCUAGCCGUAACAUAUACAUAUACAUACACCUAGUAAUAGUUAUCCAUAUCUCAAUAAUCUCUAUUUUGGUUAUCUGCCUAGGGUAACGUAGUAUGUAUGUCCGUACAAGACUAUUAUCUAAGUAUGUUAUAUUACACGUUUGUAAUAGUUUCCUUUGGUUACAUAGCACCUAAAUAUCAUAAUGCUAUUGUCUUUAUUUGUGCCUAAAUGUCGAAUUGUUUCCUUCUUUAAAUGCCCGAAUGUCAUAAUGACUUAGUCAUAUCAUCCAAGUCCCAAAAUACCCAAAUGUUAAAAAUAGUGUGAUUCAUAAAAUAUGCCUUAUUUCCUAUGAGGGAUUUUAUUUAAAUAUAUUAAAUUUAACUACGUC